UGGGUGCUGGACGAGGCGCUGCUAGAGCUGUCGGGCUUUGGGCCGGAGGCAGGGCAGGGAGACCUUUCCAUCCAUGACCUGUGGACACUGGAGACCACGCACCGCCUCGCCGUCUUCACCCGAACCUGGAACAAGAGCACAUCCCGCUGGCUGAGGAGACUGAUCUUCCAGCGCUGCCCCGUUCGGCCGCUCCUAGCCACCUUUGCCUUCUCUGCCUGGUGGCAUGGGCUCCGGCCUGGGCAGGUGUUUGGUUUCCUGUGCUGGGCCGUCAUGGUUCAGGCUGACUACCGCAUCCACGCCUUCCUCGGCGCCUGGGCCACCUCCCGGGGGACGAAGCUCCUCUACCGUGGCACAACCUGGGUCUUCACACAGCUCAUCGCUGCCUACAUCCUGGUGGCUGUGGAGACCGAGAGCUUCUCCACGCUCUGUCUGCUCUGGACUUCCUGCAGCAGCAUCCUUCCCCUCUCUUACGGCCUCGCACUGCUGCUGCUGCUGCUGCUUGCCAAGAAGCCAAAGUGGAAUUGA